GGACCUCCAGGACCUCCCCAAUACCUCGAAGCAUUUAACACAAGUUACAACUACAUACGUAUUAAGUGGGAACCACCCCUCGAAUUCUUUGAUGGACCAAUGAGCGGCUACAUUGUAAAAGUGACAAACUUUGGGGACCCAGGUGCGGUGGUACGAUUGGUAUACUCCAGCUGCCAGACAGGAGGAAUUGAUAUUACAGACCUAGAAGAAAAAGUAGCGUACUGUGUUUAUGUGACAACAUUUAAUGAAUAUGGAAAAUCGAACAGCAGUUCGUGUUUGCCAGUAUUCACUGGAGAGAAAGGUUCGUUUCUUUGAUUGAUAUUGAUUGACUGAUUGAUUGAUUCAUUGAUUGAUUGGUUGAUUUACUCUCCAUGGUUGAAAUUAGUGCAACUGAGAAAGAAAAAUGACGAUAGUAGCCGCAGCCUUCAGCGGAUGAAAAUUAAGCUUCCCGGAGAUGUGUUUAAUAUCAUAGGGAGGCCGUAGUCAAUUUUCGUUUUAUUAUUCUGCAUUCAAAACAUUUUCAAACUCAAAAGCAUUUCCACAUAUAAUUUCUUCAAAACAUUUUCCCGAUCCUGGGCAGUUUUUUAAUAAGAAAGCAUGCUUCUUGGGCUGCCUGUGGUGGCAAGCCGCAAAUAUAGGUCUGAGCAGCUUUUAUGACGAAAAAAGACAAAUAGCGAAACCAUAAAGAAGAGGACGUUGCGUGUGCGAUAUAAUCAAAUUGACUUGGAACAAAAACAAAAUUCCGGCGUGAAGUUACAACUAAAUUUCACAGUCAUUCGAAUUCAGUAUACCCCCGUGACUUCAAUUCAGUGACCACAAAAAAAAAAAGAUUGAAUUGAAUUAAAAAUUUAAUGUGACUAUAGUACAAAUAAAAGUUUCAGUUUUCUGGCCUUAGCAGGCCAUUUGUCUCUUUAAUGCCUUUGAAAGGAGAAACAGAAACCAAUUUUGGACAAAGAAUAUUUUGAGGAAUUUUGUCUCUUAGCAUGCUCAAAAAGCAUGCAUUCAUUGAAAUGUUUGUCAUUUUUCCAACUACAUGUAUUAUGUUUUCAAGCGUUUAUGAGUUAAAGCCACGUUUGAAAAGUCAAAUCCUUGAUUAAAUUUUUGGCCUCAUGAAACAUAUGCUUGUCAUUAUCUGAUGAGCCCCAUAUACCGAAUAGUUGCGGAGACUGACUUAUUUUUGAAAAAUCCCAAUUUUUACAAAGAAUGUGUGAGCUUAUUAUCGUUUUUGCCACGAGCAAUUUCGCAGUUUUUGAUUGCUGCUAUUUGCUUUGUUAUUGGUUGAAAAGAGCUGAAACCUGCACAAACUGCUCAAAUUAACCAGCGCUCUCUCAAUAAUUUGUAUUUACGGCGAGGUGUUCUAUGGUUUAGCUCUACGUAUGCUAAUAAGCAAAACAAUGACGUCAGCUAGGAUUCGGUUAUUCACCAUUUCCAUAUAGGCCGUAAUGCACCUUAUUUACCCCCUCAUAUUUUGCACAUCCAUUUUCUUCGAUUUCUCUUAGGACGACUGUAAUACACAGGAGAAAUUGGAAACAAUAAUGGUUAUGCAAAAUGGGGGGGGGGGUAAACAAGGUACAUUUUAGUCCAUGUCAAAAUGGUGAAUAAAAGCUUACCUGAUCUUUGACAUGUCAUGUGUUGUGUAAGUCCCAAUUCAAAUGAAAAAAUAAUUCGGCUCUAACACACCGUCCACUAUUUAAACCUCAUUGUUGCCACUUGGUCCCUCCCAUGAUUGGUUGUAAAUUUAUGUAAAAGACAUGUAUAAUACGCACUGAAAUUCUAAAUUGGCCCAAAGCACUAAAGCAUUUUUUUUCAGUUCAGUCAUAAAACAGGGGCAACAAAGACUGUUUUCUGUAAAAUAUCUGUCCAGAGAAGCAAAUAUUACCUAGAAUUUUCUAUUAGUUGACGUUUCAUUCAUGCACAAUUUUCGAAGCUUAUCUAAUAAAUUCCCAACGAUUUUCUGAACUUUAAUUUUUCACAUUUCGCUCCCUAGGUUAGGAUAUUUCUCGUAGACAAAAGGAAACCUAAAUCAAAAAUACAAUAAACAGAGAAAUCAGAAAAAUUCUCACUUUCGUUAUACGUUAAAUUGCCUCUAAAAUUUUCGAGAAAAUAAUACUGAAGCCCUUCUUGGAAUUCCGAAAAAACUCAAAUUUUCCUAAGAUGACCGAACAGAUGCAAAUCUUAUAGCGGCACUUAGAAUGCAUUUCUGGAGACCUACACGUACUCUGGAUAGCCUAAAAAGUGUUUAGAAGGAGACCUUCGUAGGUUGCCCUGCUAAAAAGAGGAAUUGCAGGAUGAUUUUGAAUUAGGGCCUUAGGGAUUAGGAAGUAAAGAAAUGAAUGACUGAAAAUAUUCAAAUACCGUUUCAGAAUUCCAUUUGUUUCUCCAAUCUUUUAUCUUUCUAUAGUAAGAGUGGAGUUUACCGCAUUGAACCAGAGCUCAACGUCUCUCGAGGUGGAGUGGAACACAACUUUACCAGCUUUUCUUACAUACGGCGAUGAAAAGAGAGGAUUUAAAAUAGAUUUUCGAAGAGCGGGAGAUACGGAAGUUAAAAGUAUACUAGUCUGCAACAGUUCCAGUUAUCUAUUUACCGAUCUAAUGGUAUUCACAAACUACUGUUCAAGCGUGGUGUCUUUCAACAAUGACAAAAUUGACACGAAAGUGGAUAAUUUCAAAUGCGUGUUCACGGACGAAGAAGGUAAUAAUAACAUCUGUAUUCGUCCGUGUUUUGUUUGCGAUCCCCUUAUGUUUACAGGCCUAUGUAUAUGUACGACAUGUUCAGAUACAGGCAGUCUUUUUCAUGUUUAUUGGUGAAAAAAAUUGAAUUGAGUAUUUCUUAACCGUUAAAGAUUAAUAUAGAGUAGUAUCUGUCUAGUAUAAGAAUGGAUAAUUAAAAAUGGUUUACAUGGAGGUGGGGGACCCCAAGUAGGUGAGUUAACCCCCUUUGGUGGGGUAGCCCGCCAGUCCUUACGACAGGAUCUCAAUGGGGUUAACCGAUAGGCGUAAAACGGCCAAAAAUUUAGUCGAUAGCCGUAAAAAUGGAAAAAUUUUACCCAUAGGGUAAAAAAGUUAACCGUAAAAGAAAUUGUUUCUUAGAUUUGUGUUAAACUCACUUAUGACCGGUUGCGUCUCUUCUCUGACUUCGCGGCUUCCUUAACGCCUUACGCACGUUAGGCGAAGCGCCUUUUCAGGAUCCACAGGAGUCUUACUUGACCUCACUUGGCCUGUGUUUUGUGCGACGAGUUGACGGCUCCUUCUUUUUAGAUCUCCAAUUUCGCCAUCCGGCGUACACAUGAGUAGUCUCUUUUGCAGUCGUCUUUAGGCUCGUAAGAACGGCUGCGAAAGAGACCAACAUAUGAGUUAAUCGAUGUCAGUAUUGAAAGCUGUUGUUAGUAUUUUUCCAACGGGUGGAAAAAUGCCAAUCGAAACACCCUCCCGCAACGCGAGACACUAGGAGCAUUGGACACUUUCAACAUUCAAGAAAAACGUUAUUGUUUUCUUGAUCUAAACGAGCAAGCCAGGAAGUUUGGUCUAAAAACUGUAAAGCCUCGCCAAAAUCAGCGGCAAAACAGAAAAUUAUUCUUUAUCGACCCAGCAGCAGCUAGAUCUGAAACUACCCUGUUGUUGUUGAAAGCCAGCUGGAUAGUAAGUACCUUUAAAUUCAGUAUUGAAUUCUACACUAAGAUACCACGUGGUAUGAAGUUUUUUGUGAGAGUUUUAUGUUGAUGAUGGCAAAAUAAAACUUCCGUAGAAACGUGUUUGCAAUAACUAAUUUUUUCCUCAGUGAAAAUCUGUUUUUUUUUGUUGGGGAUUAGUAUUUGCCAUUUUCAGGAGGUCAUGCGCUCGAAAUAGUAGUAAAACAAAACGCAGAGAUGUCACUGUUUGUAAAACACGUUGCCGAUAAACUACAAUUCCCGGUUUUUCUCUUUUCUCGCUACGGUAGACAUUAUAUACACUUUCUACAAGUCCUUUAUUACCUUUAAGUACUUAUGGGAGCCGAGGUCGACUUGUAGCAAGUCCAGACAUUGCCAGACCUUGCCACGCCUAGCCCCUGUACGGUGUCCUCCGAGGCCUUCUCGGUCAAGGCAUUUGGGUGACAUAUCCGAGACAAAACUAGCUCGGACCACGUGACCCGAAACGCAUUGGCCGCGCAGAUUAAUGAGGCCUAGGGACAAGGCAAAGGGUCCUUCGCUAUCGUAAAUAUAACUGGACCCUGGAAUUUUGUUGAAUAUUAUAUUAAAGAAUAUUAAUAUUUAACUCUUUGAAACAAAAGAAAUUAAUUUUUAACUUUUUUGUUAACCGUAACUGAAAUAAAUUAACCGACAGCCGUAAAAGAGCCAAUAUGUAAGCCGAUAACCGUAAAAUCAACCACCUCAUUGAGAGCCUCUUAUAAUCUCUCAUUUUAAUUUGAUCACAUUUACAUGAUAGGUGGGGUGACACGUUGCAUGUUACCUCUCCUAUCUGGGGUCCCCCACCUCCAUAUAAACAGGCCCUUAUUAAGUCUGUCUGAAGAAACAUGAUUCUAGGAUUCACUUCGUUUUGUAUAGAAUUGUCUUGGAAACAAAAAAUGUCUGUAAUUUCCUUUUUAGUUCCUGGUGGCCCACCCUUGAGUUUAACAGCCAACAAUGCCAGCUCUACAAGCAUAUUUGUAGCUUGGAAUCCAAUUGAGGAAGAGCUGCAGCACGGAAUUAUACUCGGGUAUAGAAUCGCCUACAAAAAAGAAAAUGCUGCUAGGCGAAAACGGCGAAGUCUUUCGUUUACAGAUAAUGUUGUCCUUGUGGAAAAUAUCUUGGCUUGGACUCUGGAGGGGCUUGAAAAGUUUACGGACUAUUGCAUUCAGAUUGUGGGUUUUAAUAGCAAAGGAGACGGGAAUUCAAGCGACAUUGUCUGUGUUCGCACAGACGAGGACGGUAAGCACUAUAUUCCUUUGUUAUUGCAUCGUCUAGCAAUAGUGUAUUAGCCUAUUAGCAUAUACAUAAUAUAUGGUUUUUCAGUUUGGUUUUCGAAAACGCAGACUGAUUUAAAAUACGAUUUGUAACAUGAAUGUGUCCAAAAUUCCCUUACAAAAUCAUAUGCGGUUGCAUUGCAAUCUUGCAAUAUUUUUCUGUCCGCUGUGUGCAAUAUAAACCGAGAUUAGCGUCAAUUACCAGCUGUUGUUUGGGACUAAACUGAAGAGGGAGGCGAGAAUAACACUGAAAUAGUCAAAGAGUCUGUAGCGAGAUUUGUUUCACGUUAAUUAAAUUGAAAAAGUCGACGCACAAUUAACAUUGUAGUGAUCUUCAAGGCAGCAAUACAAACAUGAGAGGGGAGAUAAAAAGAAUGGGAAAAAAACGAUCCAAAAUAAUGUAAUGCCAUCUGAACUUAAAACAAUAGGUUGAUGUUAAAAUUUGUAAUCUUUGAAGACUCUGGUUGCCUUGAUUAUGGCAAAGUUCGAACAAAUUCAAUUUUGAAAGAAAUUUCUAAGGGUCAUAAACACAGUAAAUUCGAAUAAGUAUGCUAUCGAUAUAAUUUGCUCAUAUCUAAAGAAAAUGUUGAGGCCUUGAAAUGCAGUUUCAUCUCAUGGUGGUUUGUUACAUACAAAAUUGAUAAAAAAAAAAAAAAAAGCAGCCGAACAUUAGCCAAUUAAAUUUUACUUUCUCGCAAUCCGCCAGAGCGACAACUCUCUUUUUUCGCACACACUUUCAAAUUUGGUUGGUAUUUAUACUGGGGGGAGGGAGAGGCUCCAUAGGUACAUGUAUUGUAAUCGUAAUUUGUUACACAUGUUAAAAAGUGAUGGAGGUUGAGUUGAUAAAUGUGUGUGAAAAAUUUUCUAACUUCACUCUACAGCAUGUUUGGUUGACUAUAUUUUAUGGUUACUACUUAGCCUGAACGCAUGAAACGCUUUAACUGUAGCAAAUAUAAAGAUGACAGGGUAAAUUUCUGAUUUUUAUCGAACCGUUCUCAUUAUUCUUAAGUUCCAAGUUUACCACCGAAUAUCACAGAAGGGUUCAACACUAGUUCAACAAGCAUCUUCUUAAACUGGACGCAAAUACCUCCCGGCUUCAUCCAUGGAUACUUGUUAGGUUACAAAAUGACUUUAUACCAAAUUACAAGUAGUGGUGUCUAUCAAGAAGCUGUUACGAUCGAUACUGGGCUUGCUGAGCUAUCAAAAGACAUUACCAGUCUAUCAGUAUACACUACUUACUGUAUUCGUCUGGCUGGACGAACUCGAAUUGGCCCAGGAAACUGGAGCGACUGUUUCAACGUAACGACUGAUGACGAAGGUAAGGAGCUAGUUACCGAAACAAAGAGGGUUUGUAUAGAUUUCGGCCCAAAGGUCAAUUUGGGAACCAUCUGGCCUUAAAGUAAAGCGAACCUCGAAUUCAAAAGUGGAAGCAUGAAAAUUAAUAAGUUCGCCGAAAUUCUAAAAGGGUUUUAUCAACACUCAAAAAAGAGUGUAUAAGAAUGACAAGAAGAGUAGUUAGUUGUCGAAAAUCUGGGUUUUUCCAGGAUAUCCAAGUGUUUAGCAUUGUUACGUUUUGUCAAAGUACGCAGCUAUUAUCCCCAGGAAUGUAUUUGACAUACGAUGAUCUUGUGUUCGCCUAAAGGAAGCCGUUUAAAAUUGUUAAUAGUAUUUGCGGGAAGGAAUCUCCUAACCUGUACUGUGCCAACUGUGAUGCCUCGGCAUUAAAUGGUUCAAAGAGAGUAUCUUUUUAAAAGGAAAUUAAGUCUCUCGAACGAUGGUAUGAGUACUGCACUGUGAUGGACAACGCAUUUAAUUUAAAUAACUUGCAUGAUAAAAAUUGAAAAGUCUCUCAAGUAUAGUCAGUCAUUUUUAUAUCCCGUUAUCUGCCUGUUUCUUGGGCGUAAUAGCAUUAGGCCUGUCUCACCAACUGAUGCCCUGUAUUACCAUUCUCUAGUUCUACCUUUGCCUCCAAUUGAUGUCAAAGCUGUCAGUUUUACAAGUACCAACACCAUGAACGUAACAUGGAGUCCACCUCCCCUUUUAUACGGUGAGAUAACUGGGUAUAAGAUCAUUUUUGAGUAUCAAUUGGAGGAUGGUACCUGGCAAACACGAGAAGUCAUGACUUGUUCAACGCAGACGACGCUAACUGGGCUGGACAUUAACACUGAGUACAGAAUUAAGGUCGCUGCUAGCACAAGGAAGGGCUUCAGUCCCUUUAGCGAAUUCGCCUAUGGAGGUAAUUUUUUUAACACAAAUAAAAAAAGCGUUACCUUUGAAUUCAUUUCUUCUGUCAGUUUUUCUUUGAUAUUUCCAAACAGGUCAUAAGUUCUUCCUGUUGAUCUUUUUAUCAAACUAAUAACAAUAGUAAAAUAAUGAAAAAAAAGGCACUCCCAUAAAUGAAAGGAAUGCUCGAUAUUUGGCACACUCCCUUUCGCUCCUAAGUUAGAGAAGAGGAAGACAAAAGGUGUUUGAAACCGUCACAAUAUCUAUCAUCCUUCACGGUGCAUUUUAGUUGUGUCUUAAAUGCGGUACACUAGGGUUGGAUUGUGCUGUACCCAUUUUAUAAGAAACGUAUAAAUCCUAAUAACUGCUACUUACCAUAUUUUUGUGUCUUCCAGAAACUUGUAGCUGCCCCGAAAACGUAACUGUCGUCGAAAAUCCAAGUUCCCUGGACGACGAUCACAUCUCGUUGUCUAAAAUAAUCGAGGAGCUAGUUGUUGACGUUUGUGGAACUUGUCACGCCUUUGGCCAAACAAAUUUAAUUAAGGUAUCGGAUUCAGAAGGAGAUGUGAAUAUAAAUUAUCCGGUUGUAAUAGCUAGCGGGAGCUUUUCAAGAGGCAAGUUCGUAGCUGUGAUUGAAGUGCCUGGUCUAGCUGUUGUUCAAAGAAAGUCUAUUCCAGGUGGCAUGGAGAAAGUGAUCGCAGUAUCAGUGUUCAGUUCGUGGCCAGUAUUUGCAAUUUCUGGAGUCAUGACCAUCUUGGCUGGUUUGGUGAUUUGGGUUUUGGUAAGAAUAACUUUACAACUUCUACUGACUCCUUAAAUUAAAUACAAAAUAAAAAAAAAAUUGCGUGUAUUACGUGAGUAUUAAUUAAGGACUAAGGUUACAGUAGUGGCCUUUAAUUUGAAUGUACACUUUAAGGUCCAAGAACUUGUGGAUUAAGUAAAUCUCUUAAAUGCCUCAUCCUUCAUAUGAAUGCAAGCCAAAAUAUGAUAAAGCUUGAGAAAUAAAAUAACAAGCUUCAACCGAUUUCGAUGAAGAAGAAGGGAGCUGAAAGAAGCAUUCAGAACUGAUUAGUGCAUCAGAUAUCUGGUCAAAGAAAUCCAGUAUUGAUCAGAAGGGUAUUGUUAGUACUGAACCAGUACCACUGUUUCAUAAGGACAGAAAGAACAGAUAUGUCUCGUCAUUGAUGAAAUACACGCCUAUCUUUACCACUAAAACGAAAAAAAUCUUGGGGUGCCUAACUCUGGACAAGUGGGCUUGCCCAGUAUCUCUAUCUUGUAAAUUGUUUUCUUUUAAUUACAUAUUGUGGCCUGCCAGGGCUAGCCUUUUGGUUAACUGUAGGCCAAGAAAUUGCAUAUCCAAAUAACAGCAAUAAAAUUUGGUGAUAUUGUCUAACAGUAAAAAUUUUCUAUGAAGGAUGUAACCACCAAUCCAGAGGAAUUUCCUCCGAUAUUUUAUAAAGGUGCCGGAGAGGGGUUUUGGUGGGCAUUUAUCACCAUGACAACGCUAGGGUAAGUAACAGGCUUUACUGCAUGAGGUGUUGAUGUUAGCUACUCGUAUAAUGUUUUGUUUACACCAGAAAAGCCACAAAAACAACAGGAAUAAGAUCAAAGUCUACAUCCUAUCGAAAACUAAGCCAUCUAAUAUCAGAGAAGGUAUCCAACCAAACUAUUCACCAGGACCUGCCUUCGUUUUUACAAUGCCUUUACUAGUAUUCUCUUUCAAAAGCCGGUAAUCCAGCUUUCAAUUCCGCAGUACACGUAGGUAGUACUAAAUUAAGCAAAAUCUUGAAAAUCCGCUCUAUGAGAAAAACGUGACUAGGGUAACCUUUUUCGAUCUUGUUGCAGGUAUGGAGACCGAACGCCAAAAUCCAAUAAGGCCAAGGUCUUCGCCAUAAUAUGGUUUUUAGUUGGCCUUGUCGUGUUUGGUCUCUUUUCCGCUGGUUUGGCAUCAGAUUUGACUGUGGUUGUUAAGGCUGGAGGAACACAGGGCUCAGGCACAAGUAAAGUCAUAAAAGUAAGUCAACACAUCUCAGGAAGAGUUCAUGAACUCGAAUUCUUAUUAAUAAGCUAUUUUAGCGUAGACCUUUCGAAAUUGCAUGGCUUAAUUUUCUUUUACCCUGUAGCCUUUUCUAGGCUCUCAGUUAGUAGGGUCUGCGCUAAAACGCGGGCUCAGUGUCUCCCUAGUACCCACACGUUUGUUGUAUUUACGUUUCCUUUUGCUCAGUUAAACUACUUUUAUAAGGUCUAGAACAGGCUAUUAAUUAAAGUUUUUUGUAUUAAUACAUAUACAGAUUGCCACACUAAAUGAUUCCGCUGAAAAGCAAGUGGCAGUAAGACAGCUGAUGAACAAAUUUCAGCUUAGUAAGUGCCUUUCUUUAAUUUAA